AACACUAUAAUAGAUUUUAAGUUUCAUGUUUGUGGGUUUUACAAAUUUACAGUUAAUUUAUAUGUGUGUUCGACGAUAAAUCAAUUAUUUAAACUUUAAAGCAAGUUCAUAAUAUUAUAGUUUGUUAUUAACAGUAACUCAGUUUUUGAUUUUAAUGUUAUGAUUUCGUUUUUCAUUACUACGUCUGCCUAAGAAUUUAUAAUGCAUAUAAAAUCCUUGGUCAUUGACGGCUUUAAGUCAUAUGGAAAACGUGUGGAGUUGAAUGAUUUUGAUCCAGAAUUCAAUGCUAUAACUGGCUUAAAUGGUACGGGGAAGUCAAAUAUUUUGGAUGCAAUAUGUUUUACUUUGGGUAUAUCAGCUAUGAACACUAUACGUGCUUCAACUAUGCAAGAUGUUAUUUAUAAAAGUGGACAGGCUGGAGUUCAUACAGCUACUGUCACUAUCACUUUUGACAAUAAAGACAAAUCAAGGUCUGCUCCACAUUAUACACACAACGAUGAAAUUGUCAUUUCACGAGAAGUGGGAAUGGGUUCUAAAAAUACUUAUAGGAUUAAUGGUCUUACUGUUCCGGCUAAAAAAAUUAUGGAUUUUUUUAAUUCUCUACAAAUGAAUGUUAAUAAUCCUCAUUUCAUUAUUAUGCAAGGUAGAAUUACAAAAGUGUUGAAUAUGAAACCUAUAGAAAUAUUGUCUAUGAUUGAAGAGGCUGCUGGGACUAACAUGUAUGAGUCUAAGAAAAGAAGUCUUGAAAUGACAGUGGGCAAGAAAGAUAACAAAUUAAAAGAAAUGCGAGAUGUUGCCGACGAAGAGAUUCUUCCAACUAUGGAGACUAUUGAAAAAGAAAAACAGAUGUUAGAAGAAUUAAAUAUGGUUCAUGGUCAGUUAAGAAUAUUAAAGGAGAAGCUUGAUAAUUGGAAUUAUGUGCAAUUAAUGAAAAUGGUAAAUAAAUUAUCUGAGGAUCUUAAGAAAUUAAAUGUUUUAAAACAGGAUAAAGAAGAAUUGAUAGAAAAAUCAAAAAAUCAGAUAAAAGAUAUGGAGGAAAAACUUAAAAAAGAUGAGGAGUUGCUGAAAAUAAAUGGUGGAACUAAUUUGAAUAAAUUAAAAGUUAAACUUGAAGAAACAGAAAAAGAAAAAGACAAAGUACAGCUUCAAGUAAAUGCAUGUAAAACAAACAUAAAUGUUGAAGUUAAAAAAAUUAAAGAUCUGGAAAAACAAAUUAAUAAUAGUAAGAAAGGUUAUGAAGCAAAGAAAAAAGAGAUGGAAGACUUUAAUGAGAUGAAUGCAGGUGUAGAAGAAGAGAAUAAAAAAAAUACAAACGAUUUGGAUGAGAUUGAUAAAAAAAUACGAUCAUUAAAUUCAGGAAAUAUAUUUGGUGAUGAAGAUAAUGGUUCAGUGCAGGAAAAUAUUAAUAAAUAUAAUUUAGAAUUACAAAAUCAGCAGACAGAAAAUCAACAAUGUGCAAUUAAAAUUGAUGGAUUAAAAAAAAAGUUAAAUGAACACUUAACUGGUAUGAAAGAAGCACAAAAAACGUAUAACAUACAAAUGGCUCAAUUAACAACUAAAGAAAAAGAAUAUGAGAAAGUUAAAGACGAAUAUAUAAAAGCUAGUGAAGCAUUAAAUCAACAUCAUAAUUUGAAAUCAAGUCGUGAUAAUUUACUCAGAGAAGUACGCAAUUUGAAUUCAAAAACUGAAUCGUUUGAAUCGAACAAUCCAAGUUUAUUCUUUAGAUACAAUGAUCCAAGACCUAAUUUUGAUCGACGUAAAGUGCAUGGGCUUAUUUGCCGUUUAUUUACGCCUAUUGAUUUUAGAUUUGAGCUUGCAUUAACAACUUUGGCUGGAGGUAAAUUAUACUUUAUUGUUGUUGAAGAUGAUACUGUUGGUAAAGAUAUUUUAGAAACCAAUAAGUUUUCAAGUCGUGUGAAUUUUAUUCCUUUGAGUAAAAUCAAAUCUAAUAGUUUGGAUCCUAAAAUUAUAAGUAGAGCUCAGCAAAUUGGUGGAGCCGAUCAAGUUUUUCCUGCCAUGUCACUUAUUAAAUAUGAUAAAAAACACUUAAAAGCUAUACAGUGGGUAUUUGGACAAGCAUUUAUAUGUACUACCAAGGGAAUUGCUGAAAAAGUUUGUUUUGACCAGGGAGUCAAUAAACAUUGUUUUACUUUGGAGGGUGAUCAUUUCAAUCCUUCUGGUAGUCUUACUGGUGGAGCAAAUACUCAAAGGCUUAUUUUACAAUCAAUAGCGAAACAAGAUGAAGUUUCAGUAGAGCUUCAAGCAAAAAAAGCUGAAUUUGAAAAGGUGGAUAAUAGUUUGCAAGCCAUGCAUAAUUUGCCAGAAAAGGUUGCACAGCUUAAAGAUCGACAAAUUUCUGUUCAAGAGGAGUUGGAAAAAAUUAGAUCAGAUGUACAUUUAGGACAACCUCAUCAACAAGUUACUGAAUUUAAUAAAAUUAAUCAGCAAAUAGCAGAACUGGAGUCUAAGUUGGCAGAAGGCAAAGCUAAUGAAAAAAAUUUGCAAAAAAAAAUUAAAGAAUUAGAAAAUAAAAUGAAAAAUGCUGAGAAUAUUCUAAAAAAACAGCUAAGUGAUGCAGAAAAAACUAGAAAAAAUAUUUUGGAAAAAAUAAAAAAAAACAAAACUGAAUACGAUAAAAAAAAAAAUAACUACAACAAAUUAGAACUUGAAAUAAAAGAUUUAACUGGUCAGAUGCAAGAAGAAGAAAAUCAAUUGGUUGAGUUAAAUGUGGAGAAGAAACAACUUGAAGAAAAGCUUCUCACAUUGAUGUCUGAACUAGAAAUAGCUGAUGAUAAAUGUAAGGAGGCAUCUAAAGAAUAUGAAGCUCAGAAAGAAAUUGCAAUGCAAAAUUCUAAUGCAAUUCAAGAACAUAAAUAUUUAUUCAAGAAAUUGAUGGAAGAAAUUUCAACUAAUCAAGUUAAUCUGGCUGAGCUUUCUUCAGAAAUUACUAAAGUGACUAAUGGAUUAGUAGCUGCCCAAGAAAAAUUUAAGGAUAUUGAUAAGAGAUUACCCGACGAACAAAAACAAAUGGCACUUAAAAUGGAUUUUAUAAAUUUUAAAUCUGAGGAAUGCACUCGGUCAGUCAAUGAACUGCAAGCUAGGUAUGACCAAUUAGCAAAAGUUGUAGAUCCCGGAAAAUUAAAUAACUUUCAUAAACAUAUUCAAGAGUAUAAGCGCCUUCAAAAAAAACUGGAAACAAUUGUAAAGGAUAAAAUUAAAAUUAAUGAAAUAAUUGAAGAAUUAGAAGUAAAAAAACGUCUUCAUUUACAACAUGCUUCAAAUCGUGUGAAUAUAGAGUUUGGAAAAAUAUUUAGUAGUGUAUUACCUGGUGCCCAAGCUCGUUUAAAACAAACAAACGUAGAUGACAUCACAGCUGGCUUAGAGAUUUGUGUUGCAUUUAAUGGACUAUGGAAAGAAAGUUUAGAAGAACUAAGCGGUGGGCAACGCUCUUUAGUUGCAUUGUCUUUAGUCUUAGCAAUGUUGCUGUUCAACCCAGUUCCUCUUUACAUUUUGGACGAAGUAGAUGCUGCUCUAGAUCUUUCUCAUACCCAAAACAUAGGCAAAAUGUUGAAACAACAUUUUAAACAAUCCCAAUUUAUUGUAGUAUCGCUCAAGGAUGGAAUGUUUAGCAAUGCUAAUGUUUUGUUUAGAACAAAAUUUGUUGACGGAUCUUCUGCAGUAACAAGAACUACUUGUAAUCAAACAUAAAUUUAAUAUUGAAUUUGUUUUUUUUUUAUUAUAUAAUGUUAUAACAGAGUUAUAAAAUUAACAGUUGUAUCCAACUUACAUAGUAUAAAGGUAGUUUGAUUUGCUUCCUUUGUUUCUGCUAUGCUGUAUAUGCUAUGCUAUGCUCCAGAAUUGUAUUUAUUAGUUUAACAUACCUUGUAUAUUGUUUUAUUAAUUUUUAAUAUUACUAUGAUAAUCACCUAAUAAGCAUUUAUCAAGGCAUUUCAAUUUUUUUUUAUAUAUAUUUAUUUUAUAGUUAAAUUUUUUAUUCAUGUUUUGAUAUUUAAAAGUACAGCUACAAUAUUUUAGA